AGUGUUAAAGUAGCCGUUCGUGUUCGUCCUUUCAACUCUCGUGAGAAAGAGAGAAAUGCCAAGCUUAUCGUGGAAAUGGCUGGUCCUCAGACCUCCUUAAUUGAUCCCGAAAAUACUAAACCGAAACGAUUCACAUUUGAUUAUUCGUAUUGGUCUCAUGAUGGAUUCAUCGAAGACGAUAAUGGUGUCCUUGUCGGUACGGGCCCCAAGUAUGCAUCACAACGUGCUGUAUUUGACGAUCUUGGACAAGGUGUUUUAAAUAACGCAUUCGAAGGUUAUAACUGUUCACUUUUCGCCUAUGGUCAGACCGGGUCUGGUAAAUCUUAUUCUAUGGUCGGUUACGGUCCAAAUAAGGGAAUCGUACCUAUCACUUGUGACGAAUUAUUUAAAGCAAUCGAAGCAGAUAAAGGAGAUACGAAAUAUGAAGUUACGUUCAGUAUGUUGGAAAUUUACAAUGAACAAGUUCGCGAUUUAUUAAUCCGAAACAAUCCUAAGGGUGGAUUAAAGGUUCGUGAAAAUCCGAAGUUAGGGCUUUUCUACGUUGUAGAUUUAAAGAAAACUGCUGUUGGCAGCUACGAAGAAAUAGAAAGAAGAACCGCAGAAGGAACCGCAAAUCGAACUGUUGCAGCAACUAACAUGAAUGCGACGAGUUCUCGAGCUCAUACUGUCGUCACAAUUACAUUCGAUCAAAUUAAGAAAAACGACGCUGGCGAAGAAACUAAAAAGUCUAGUGUUAUAAAUUUAGUCGAUCUUGCAGGAAGCGAAAGAGCUGAUAGUACCGGAGCUACUGGCGAUCGUUUAAAAGAAGGUGCACAAAUUAACAAGAGUUUAUCUGCUUUGGGUAACGUUAUAUCUGCUCUUGCCGAGUUAUCUACUAGUAAGAAGAAGAUAAAAGUACCUUAUCGUGAUUCGGUCUUGACUAAAUUAUUACAAAACGCUCUUGGCGGUAACAGUAAAACUGUGAUGAUUGCUGCAUUAUCGCCUGCUGAUAUUAACUUCGACGAAACACUCGGCACACUACGUUAUGCUGAUCGUGCGAAGAAGAUUAAAAAUAAAGCCACUGUCAAUGAGAAUCCUAUGGAGAAACUGAUUCGCGAAUUAAAAGAAGAAAACGAAAAACUAAAAAGAGCAAUGGAAGGCGGUAUGAUUCCAUCGGAAGGCGGAGCAGCAAUCGAUCCUGGAGGUAAGAUUAUCGAAGAAAUUAAAGCUCAGUUAUUAGCUAACAUGGAUGCAAUGAAAGAAAUGUCUACUAGUUGGGAUGACAAACUCAAAGAAUCUCAACAAAACUACAGUGAGAAGACAUCACAAAAAGAGAAUGCAGCUAUGAGAAGGAAGACAGAGCCACACCUUACAAACUUAAACGAAGAUCCACAGUUAUCAGGAGUUAUCGUUCACUUUAUCAAAUCAGGUAUCUAUAAUACUAAUCAGUUUACUGUGUAUUGUCGUCUAUUUGGCUUUAGUGUUCAAAAGCAGCAUUCUAUUAUGACGCUAGAAAACGAUCAAGUUAGCAUUAAACCGGGCGUACCUGGCGCUAAGACUAAGAUUAAUGGUGCACCGCUAACCGGCGAAAGAGUGUUACAACACUUUGAUCGCGUCCUGUUCGGUUCUAACAACUUGUUCGUUUUCAACAAUCCUAAGAACCCAGUUUUACCGGAUGGUACUCCUGAUAAAAUCGAUUACGAAUUCGCACAGAAAGAAUUAGCAGCUAGUAAAGGAUUUAGUACAGGAGGUCAAGGAUUAAGUAAAGAACAACAAAUUGCUCAAGAACAAGUUUUAGAACUGCUCCCACUUGUCAGUGAAGUCAAUGCUGUCAGUGAAGAAUUGGAUAAGCAUAGAUCUUUUGAGGUAAUUUUGAUUUCUGGUGCUGCAAUGGAAGGUAUAUCCAGUAAUAAAACUACUAAAGUUAUGGUGAAGAUGAAAGACCUACUGAAUGGUAAUACAUGGGUCUGGGAGAGAGGCAAAUUUAUGAAUCGUCGUUAUUUGAUGCAGGACCUAUACCAACGUCACUUAGACGGAGAUGAAGACGUAAAGAAAAUUCCGAACGAAGAAGAUCCAUUCUGGGAACCUCCUGAAGACGUUCUUAUCGGGACUGCUAGUAUAUUUUUACAGAGUUUGGCAUACGGCUUAGAUUUUGAUGAUAGAUUAACAAUUACAGAUUAUAAGGGCGCUGAAGAAGGAUUUAUCUCCGUUAGUUGUACACCAUGUUUAGCAAAUGGUAAACCUCUAGGAGAUGAUUACUUUGUUGAGGAGCCGGGUGAUCUGCUUGGCAAGCCAUAUCACUUCAAGGUCACAAUUAGGAAUGCUGAAAUCCAUAAAGCUCGAUUUAGUAAAGGUUUAACAGUCAAGUACAGAUGUUAUAAUGAAGAAACCUUAACCCAAACAGAAACCAAAUCUGGUACUUUAUCACCAGAGUAUAAUCAUACUCGCAUUGUGACUUUAGCAACAAUUACUCAAGACCAUCUAGACUGGUUCGACCAAGGUUGCGUCACAUUGCAAAUGUUUGGUCGUCAAGAAGAUAGUGUCGCUGAUCCAAGAUUAUUGAAGAUGUCCACGAAGGUAAAUUACAACUAUGAUAUUCGUUGUUCUUUGCAAAAUUUUAACUCAAACGGCUAUUCUACAUAA